AUUCGGCGUGACAUUCAGUUGACAUUUCGGUGUAUAAUUUUAGCAUUUCUACCGAUUUUAUUCUUAAUUUCUGAAAUUCAACCAUCGACAAGUGUUUUAAGUUAAGCCAUUGCGUACGCGUCCAGUGGCCAAACAGAAAUUGACAUUGAUAAUGCUACAGUUUUAGAGCCUUGAAAGCGAUUCCAGCAGGUUUUAAGUGCAGCCAGCUGCUGCUGUGUGCUUGUGGGUUGUGGAUUGUGGGCGGGUUGUGGGUCGCGGGGUGCAGUGCCCUAAGACAUUGACAACAAUUACAACAAUUACAUACGCAUAGUAAAAUCACACGCCGCAUUCACGAAAACAAACGCUCGUUGAAAGAAUUAUAACGUGGAGCAUACAGAAAUUGGGAUGCGAUCGCGUAGCAAUUCAGGCGUUCGCCUGGACUACUACCAGCGGAUUGUGCAUCGUCUGAUAUUGGCACAUCAGGAGCCAGUGACCGGUCUGUUUCCCGCCUCGAAUAUCAAUUCGCAUGCCUGGAUACGCGACAAUGUCUACUGCAUUCUGGCCGUGUGGGGUCUGUCCAUGGCCUACAAGAAGAUUGCCGAUCAGGAUGAGGAUCGCGCCAAGUGCUAUGAGCUGGAGCAGAGCUGUGUUAAGUUAAUGCGCGGCCUUCUCAUGGCCAUGAUGAAUCAAAAGGACAAGGUCGAGAAGUUCAAAAUGACCCAAAGCCCCUUCGAUUCACUGCAUGCCAAGUACUCCAGCAAGAACGGUUUGCCCGUUGUUGGUGACAACGAAUGGGGACACUUGCAAAUCGAUGCUGUUUCCCUAUACCUGCUCAUACUGGCACAGAUGACCGCUUCCGGUCUGCAGAUUGUCUUUACAUUGGACGAGGUAUCUUUUAUACAAAAUUUGGUAUUCUAUAUUGAAUCCGCCUACUCGAUUCCCGAUUAUGGCAUCUGGGAGCGUGGCGAUAAAACCAAUCAUGGUGAACCCGAGUUGAAUGCCAGCUCAAUUGGCAUGGCCAAGGCGGCACUUGAAGCCAUGAAUGAGCUGGAUUUAUUUGGAGCACGCGGAGGACCCGCCAGUGUCAUACAUGUGCUGGCCGAUGAGGCACACAAGUGCCAGGCUGUGCUACAGUCGAUGCUGCCACGCGAGUCCAACAGCAAGGAGCUGGACUCGGGACUGCUGUGUGUGAUUGGCUUCCCGGCAUUCGCCGUUGAUGAUGCACAGCUCAUACUCAAAACAAAAGAUGCAAUAUUAUCGCGACUGCAGGGAAAGUAUGGCUGCAAGCGUUUCCUGCGCGAUGGCUAUCGUACACCCAAAGAGGAUCCCUCCCGACUUUAUUACGAACGUUGGGAGCUGCGCAUGUUUGAGAACAUUGAGUGCGAGUGGCCGCUCUUCUUUUGCUAUCUGAUACUGUUCCAUGCAUUUCAAAAUGAGAAACGCUCGGUGCAGGAGUAUGCCGAUAAACUGGAGAAGAUCAUGGUACGCUCCGAAGAUGGCACACUACUGAUACCCGAAAGCUAUGCCGUGCCCCAGGAUCUAGUUGGUGCGGAAUAUCAAAAGCCUGGCUCACAAAAUCGCGAAGUUGUUGGCCGCUGUCCAUUUCUAUGGGGUCAAUCGCUCUUUAUUUUGGGUCGUCUGCUGCAGGAGGGAUUCUUGGCUGUGGGUGAGCUGGAUCCAUUGAAUCGUCGACUGGGCGCACAAAAGAAACCUGAUGUUGUCGUCCAGGUGGUCAUCAUAGCCGAGGACAAUGAAAUCCGGGACAAACUAGCCGAGCAUGAUCUGCAUGUGCAAACGAUUGCAGAGGUCGCACCCAUUGAGGUGCAACCGGCCCGUGUGCUCAGCCACUUGUACACGUAUUUGGGACGCAAUCGCAAGCUGGGACUCAGUGGACGUAAAUCUCGAGAUGUUGGCAUACUUAGCACCAGCAAAUUGUAUUCUCUAAAGGAUCGCAUCUUUGCUUUUACCCCGCAGCAUAUCGACUAUGAAGAAUACUACACGACCCGCGAUCCCGAUCUGCUCGCAAGCAAUUUUACCACAAACUUAGCCUUCUUGACCAACAAUUGGCGUCACAUGUUGGGCAGGCCGACAAUCACAUUAAUGGCAACGCAUUAUAUGCUAGACCAGGACAAAAUACCGCUGGCAAUGAUUCAGACGAUGCGGAAGCUAAAGUCUGGCUAUAUAAAUGGCACACGGGUGAUGCUGGGCAGCCUGAAGGACUUCCUCAACACCUCGGCCAUUACGGACUUGAGCUUCUUGGGCAGCACCGAGGAUGGAUAUCCGGAUCGCCUGCAUCCGGAUGUGCAGACCUAUCUGGAUGAGCAUCUGUUGCGCUCCUUCAGCAAUCGCAGCACGAUGAACCUUCGUGGCGGCCAGUUGCGUCCACGUCAUCUCCGACGACGCAUGUCCUGCAAGGGCGCCAUCAAAAAGACGCGCUCCAUCAACGUUGACUCUGACAAUCUGGGCAUGGAGGGACCUUCCCCGCUGACCGAGCGACGCCUCUCCUCGGUUGUGCCACCGCCAUGGCUGCAGGCGAGCAAGCAGGGACACGUGAGCGUGUUUGCCACCACGCCCGAGGAGGGACCCACCUCGCCACCACAGAUGGGCGGUGAGCUUGUGGCUCGCGAGAAUAUGUAUCCCGUGGAUCCGCUGCACAGUCGCUCGGCCAUCGAUCGACGCAGCGAAUUCGUGCGACAGCAAGAGAUAACAGUGCCAAAAAUUCUCAUCCAACGCCAUCGUGCGGACACAAACUUUGCGGACACAGAGGUGGAGGAGCUGAUUGCCAUGCUACGCGAGACGGAGAAUCUGGAGGAGCAGGGCGACAUCCUGCAGUAUUUGGUGGACACACAAGGUCUGGAUUUCAAUACGGCUGGCCUGGGCUUAAAGCAUAAAACCGAUGAUAAUGCGGCUGAGCUCGAUUUGGACGAUGUGAUGCUUGAAUUGUCAACUGCUGGUGGUGGUGGUGGUGGUGGUGGUGAUGGUGAUGGUAGUGAUGGUGGUGCUGGUAAUGUGGCCAAGAAGUCAUAUGUGCCCACAGUGAUAAUUGAUGCAACUACGCCCACAGCGAUCAGCGCCCUCAAGGAUAAGGACAAUGCCAAUUUGACGAUUGUUAAAGCCAUCUCCGCUCCAGUUGCACCUGCCGCCGUCGCUGCCUCCGCCUCCGCCGCCGGCUCCAGUAACAACAACAGCUUAAAUAACAACGAUUCUUCUCAAUCUGAAGGCAUGCUGGAGGAGGGACGCGUCGUCACCGUUAGGGAUCUACUGAAGGGCCUUUACGAGAAGGCUUGCCAACAGAAGCUCUGGGGAUUGGUGCGUCACACCGCCGGCAUGCUGGGCAAGCGUGUCGAGGAUCUGGGCAAGGCAGUCACCGAUCUGUUGGUGCGUCAGAAGCAGGUCACCGUCGGCAUGCCGCCGAACAAUGAGCACACCAUCACGGCACCGUUACCAGAGGUGGAGCUGCGUCAGCUUAUACACGAUGCCUAUGGGGAUGAUGAAAGUACGGCCAUGUUGACACAGGAGCUGAUGGUUUAUCUGGCCAUGUUUAUACGCACGGAACCGCAGUUGUUCCAUGAGAUGUUGCGACUCCGCGUUGGCCUCAUCAUUCAGGUCAUGGCCAAGGAGCUAUCGCGCACGCUUAACUGUGGCGGCGAGGCCGCCUCGGAGCAUCUACUUAACCUGUCACCCUUCGAGAUGAAGAAUCUGCUCUAUCACAUACUCAGCGGCAAGGAGUUUGCCGUCAGCAGUGUUGCUCGCGGUAAUCUGUCCAUUGUCAGCUGUAAAUCGAGCCGGGUUAGCAAGAAGAGCCAAAUUGGUCUGGGCGAUCCCGAAGGCGAGGAUGCGCUGGUUGCCACCAUUGACGAUCGUCAGGGUCAGUGGUUGCGUCGUCGUCGUCUUGAUGGUGCCCUGAAUCGUGUGCCUCGUGAUUUCUACUCCCGUGUUUGGACCGUGCUGGAGAAAUGCCAGGGCCUGGCCAUCGAGGGACGCGUAUUGCAGCAGAGUCUCACCCAGGAGAUGACGCCGGGCGAGCUGAAGUUUGCAUUGGAGGUGGAAACUGCUCUAAAUCAAAUACCACAGCCCGAAUACAGACAGCUGGUUGUCGAGGCUCUUAUGGUUUUAACACUUGUUACCGAGCACAAUAUGGUGCCAUCUUUGGGUGACAUCAUCUGCGUGGAGCAUCUGGUGCACAAGGCCAAUCAGCUGUUCUUGGAGGAUCAACGCAAGGUGCAGGGCGAUGCAACACUAUGCUGUGCUAAGCUCAAGGAUGGCAAGGAGCAACAGCAGGCUGCCUCCGGCAUGCUGCUCUGCGGUGGCGCCGCCUACAUUUGCCAACAUCUCUAUGACAGCGCGCCCAGCGGCAGCUAUGGCACCAUGACUUACAUGUCUCGGGCUGUUGCCCUCGUGCUGGACUGUGUGCCGAAGCAUGGUGAAAAGGAAUGCGCAAUCUCCUAAAGGAUUCAAAUACACCCGCUACACUCGACCUGGAAGCAAGCAAGGCGUUCUAUUGGACGACGCUCACUUAAUGCCAUGUACUGUUAAACCCAACGGCCCAUUCAUUUUGCUAUCUCUGUCUGCAGUAAUCUCUAUCUUUCUCUCUCUUUUUGGAUUUAACUCUAUCUCUCUCUCUCUCUCUCUAUAUAUAUAUAUAUAUAUAUAUACAUCUCGCUCUAUGCAGAGUCUCUUUCUCUCUUGCUAGCGUAUGGCCGCGUAUUUAGCCCAACGAUAAAGUUAAGUCUGAGAUUCUUCCAUCUCUACGGCAAUGCUGUAAAUAUUGUAUUUUAUAGACCAUCCGCCUACUUAGCCAUUUAUUUGUGUUAAAGUGUUUUGUUUAGUUUCUUGAGCGGCGAAAAAGGGAAUGCACAUUGUACUCACCAAACUACCUACGGUAUAUACAAAUAGUAUAUACUAUAUAUAUUUCAACUAUGUAUUAUCCUAAAAUAAAACGCUGCGCGCCACAAACUGGUUUUAUACUCGCAGAUAAUUCCCAACAGCGGAAUUUAACAACGAUAUAUUUAAAUUAUGUUUCGAUUGUGACAACAAAUAUUAAAAAGAAUAUAUAUAUAAAAUAUG